CCCCCACUCUUCCUCCCCUCCCCCACUCCCCGCACCGCACAGACACACCAGCAGCCCGCCCCGCCUCCCCAGCCGCCCUUGCCACCCGCUCCACUCCACCCGCGACUUCCAGUCCGCUUUUACCCAGCCAGCGCACGCCCUUCCACCCUCACGCCCUCCCUCCGCAGCAUCACGCCCAGCCCAAGCCCGCCGUACGUAGUAGGAACAGCUAGGAACAGCCGUCGCCGCCCACUCCUUGCCCGGUUACCGAGGCGACCCACCAUCAAAACAUAGCACAAACAUCUUUGUAAUUAAAACAGAGGCACUCUUCCGCCACCCUCUAAUCAAAUAGCCGGGACUCUUUCACCAUGCCAUCGCCGCCUCCCCAGCCGGUGCCCACGCGGUCGACCCGCUCCUCCAAUCCACAUGCCGGCGCCCAUCCCCGGACGGGUGCUUCCCCCAUGUCAUAUGGUGCCAUGACCGGCAUAAGCUUCACCAACGGCGGCGGCUUCUCUUUCGAAGGCAAGCCCCGCAGUGUCAAGUGGGGCAACGGCGGCAUGAUGGGCAGCUUUGGAGCCAGAUUCUACGGCGAUGCCGGCGGCGACUCUCCCGUCAUCCCAUUUUCCACUUCUGUCACCAUGGAACCGUCUUCAUUUGCCGCCUCGGCCCAGGCGUUCGGUUUGCCAGGUUCCAUGUCAUCCAGCUACCAUCGUCGAUCAUACGCUGCAGCAGUGGCCGGCUCUCGAGACCCCCAUAACCUUUCCACAUCUUUUGCCUCCAUGUCAUUCCAACCCAUGUCUCUCGGCACCUCGUACAACCGUUCCCAAGUCCAAGGUCUCAUGGCUCGCUCUGACGCAGAGUUGACCAAGGCAUAUGAAUGUUGUGGCAAGACACAUUCGGGAUUGCAUUCUCUCCUCGAACACGUGGAGGAUUGCCACCCUUUUUCCGACCCUAAUAUGCCCCCCGAGGAUAGCUUUUCUCCCGUCACCCAUGCUAUGGAUCUCGACCUCGAUGAUGUACCGGAAGAACCUGCCCAGCCUCCUGCUCCUGGCUCUUCCCAAUCUAGUCUUUCUCCGGACCCCAUUGCCGCAGUCCCGGUGCCAAGCUAUCCCUUGCCUACCAGUAAAACUCCAACUGACUCAGUCGGUAAAUCCCCACUCAAGCUUUCCGACGUCCUUAAAUCUCCUCCCGAAGGCGAAUCUAUGGUCAAGGCCUCCAAUCUUACUCUUACCAGGACGCAAUCAUCAUCAUCUUCUCCGCCUGACGGCUCACUUGCCACCCCCACCACUUCAACUCAACCCUCUCCUGUUUUCCUUCAGCCAAAGAUUAAUCCCGCUCGUCCCGCUUUCAUGAGCAUGGGUACCAACGCUAUGCGCCCGGCCGCACAGCAAAAGAGAUUCGACAGGGCCUUCAAUGAAGUAGUCGCAGGUAGGAAGGAAGAUGAACCCAAGGGUGACAUGCCCACAGCUGUGGCUCCUGGUGUUCUCUUUGCGAGCGCUGUAUCUAGCCUUGGCAUUCCUACUGUGCCCCCAGGUACAAAAACAACAGAGACAACCACCCCUAAAGAGGGAGAAGCAGAAGUUAAACCUGCAGCGACAGAUGCCACUACUUCUGCGGCUGCAGCCCAACCCUCAAGCACGAGUACCGGUGCUGCUGCGCCCAGUGCCCCAAAGGUUUUCCCAGAGCCUGCCCUCCCGCAACCGAGUUUAUUCUCCUCUCAUAAACCAUGGCGAUGUCCCAAUCCAGGAUGCAACAAGGCAUAUAAGCAAAGCAAUGGACUCAAGUAUCAUCAGCAAAAAGGUCAAUGUGAUUUCGCUAUCCAUGACGCGGUCGAUCUCGGUCUAACUCUUGAAGAGGCAGAGGAGAGGAACAGACCUUUUGUUUGUGCUGUGGGGGCUGGAUGUACUAAACGCUACAGGCAGAUGAACGGCCUCAAGUAUCAUUACCUCAAUUCUGGAGAACAUGGUCUCUAUGGUCUCAGAAUGCUCCAAAAUGGAACUCACCCACAUCCUCCUUCACUUCCUGCUCCUCCUCCAGUUCGUGCUCGACCUAAUCCCCCCUCUUCUAGUGGUGUCACAUCCGGUGUCAGCGCCCCUCAAAGACCCGCCGGAGCUCCUUAUGCCAUCCCUUCUCAGGCUACUAAUACCAUUAAUGGUGCCGGCCAGGGUCGCGUCAUUGGCCAAGGUGGUCAUGGACAAAAUCACCAUGCUUUACCAAGAAUGGGCACGUGGCCUAACCAGUCCCGUCCCGCCAACGGCCCUAAUCCCAUCAAUGGGAAACCGGCCCCUAAUCACGCCCUUGGGCCACAAAAAGUUCAGCCGCAAGCAAGGCCUAAUCCCCCGCCUCAGCCGCAGCCUGUCACAAAGGGUAGGGAUGCGGUGUUGUUCAGUGCAAUCUCUGAGGAUCCCAUGGACAUCAUGAGCCGGAUGGACUCAUGAGAGUGGUUUUCGAAACGAUAGUCACGCAGGCCAAUUGUGUCAAUUCUAAAAAGAAUGAGGCUUCAUCUCGGCGAGAUUUUACUGCAACGAGGGCAUUAUUCUGCGCGGAGGAAAGUUUGCAAACGAAAAGAAGAAGAAGACGUCAUGUGUAUAAAACACCCUCUUCCUCUAUUAUUUUUGGGUCUCUGGUCAAUCUUGAAAGUUGUUGUUAUAACCAAAAAUAUCACGUCUAAUCCGUUUAUUGCUAUUUCAUACUUUUCAUCUCUUUUCCAGUCCUUCUUCAUUACUUUACAUCACCCUCCUCAUUUCCCAUCCCACACUUCACAGAUACACGCUUGCUCAACAUUUGCACCUUCUCAUAUCUAGCACGACUAGAUAAUCCACAUUAAUCUUUGCAUGUUUAUAGAAUUCUGGUCAUUUUCGUUUUUCUUUUUUCUUUGACAAUUAUAUCUGCUUCAAGUCGUGGCCUGCAAUAUUUCACUAGCGAAUAGUUCUUUUGACUCGUAUGUUGUGCGACUAUAUACGUAUUGGAUAGAACUAUGGAAUUAUGUAUCAUUGGCAUACCUCUUUAUUUUGUUCCUUUUCUGUGAAAUGAUCUGA